AAAGGAAGUACUAGAAGCUAUAACAUAUGUGAGAACAGGAAAUAACACGUCUCAUCAUGAACUAUCAUACCUAGAUGUGUUUUUUUUAACCAAAUUAGGAAGCACACAACUCUAUAGAAUGUAUUUGUGUGUGUGUAGCUGUACAGUUUCCCAUCACUGGAACGAAGAUUCCCAAACCUUGUCCCAUCAUGACAAUGUCCCUGUGAACAAAGCAGCUCAAUGAAGACGUGGUGUAGAGGUGAAGGUUGGAGAAAGUGGAAGAGUGUCCAGCACAGAGCCCUGACUCUGACUCAACCCCACUGAACACCCUUUGGGAUGAACUGGAACUGGAGUCUCGUCAACAUCCCAACAUCAGAGUCUGAUCUCACUAAUACUCUUGCAGCUGAAUGAACACACAUCCCCACAGAUACUGUACACUCCAGGAUCUAGUGGAAAGCCUUGAGAUCAGAGAAGAGAAGAGAAGAAGAAGAACAACAAAGGAGAAUACAUCUAGACUCAGAUGUUUUACAAGAACAUAUGGCUGUGAUGGUCACUGGGUCAUAAAAUUAUACUGGGUGGAAAAUUUACUAGGAGCUGCCAUAAAAAUCUGGACCCUUUAAACAUUCUAGUUCAUCAUAAUAAAAGAAUGCAGCUGGUGUGUCUCAGAGAGUGCAGGCUUGUAGGCCGGGGAAAAUAUUUGGGAUGAAAGUGGUGGCAUUUUUGGAAUUUCCAAACACCUCUUAGUUUUCUGCCUGAUAUCACGUAUCAAACUGCACACCAGAGUCAUUUCCUCAUCAGUGAUGAUUGUGGGUUGUAUUUCUCUGCACCAUAUGAUCUGACACUGAUCUUUUUCUUUUUUUUUUUACCACAUAUGAGCAAACGUCAAAUCAGCUGAAAAGGUUUCCUGCACAGAGAUACGACCUUUAUUUCAGCUGCAGUGUAAAGGAAGCCGGUCACAGAGGCACAAUGUCUCUGGGACGAAACUCCAGCAAUGAUACCUGUGAGAUCGAGGAUCAUGUCCUGCCACUCCUAUUGCCCAUCAGCUACAGCAUCCUUUGCUGUUUCGGGCUCCUCAGCAACACCUUCAGCGUCUUUGUUUUCUUCGUGCACCGCCAUGCCGAUAGCUCCAUGGCGGUGUAUAUGCGUCACCUGACGCUGGCUGACUCGCUCUUGGUCUUGUCUUUGCCCCUGAGGAUCUACUACCAUAACAAGCAGGGGCCUUACUUCCUGUGCAAAGUGGUGGGUGUUUUCUUCUACAUCAAUAUGUAUGCCAGCAUCUCCUUCCUCAGCCUGAUCAGCCUGGACCGCUACCUGAAGAUCGUCAAGCCUGUCUGGGUCUUCCGUAUACAGAAGGUGCUGUGGAGUCGCAUAGCCAGCUUCAUCAUCUGGACACUUCUUUUAUUAGGAACCUCCAUGUUUUUUGUUAGUAACAAGCAGAAGAACCAUUGUGACAAGAUCUGCUUCCAUUUCCACGAUAAGGGGCCGCUAGCCGGUAGCGUCAACCUGGCUGUCGUGGCGCUCUUUGGUGCCUUGUUCCUGGUCUUCAUCGUUUUCUACGUGAAGAUUGCACUGAGGCUCAGAACCGUGGAGAUUGGAAAAAGCGACCCGAACGCACAGAACCGCAAGAAGCGACUGGUGCUGAAAACGUUCCUGGUGCCCGCUAUAUUCACGCUGUGCUUCCUGCCGUAUCAUUUGGUCAGAGCGCCGUACAUUCUGGCUCAGAUGGAUGUCAUCAAGGAAAAAGCGAGUAAGCAGCUGUUACACAACUGGAAUGAAACCACCCUGCUUCUGUCGGCGCUAAACAGCUGCCUGGACCCUAUCAUUUACUACUUCCUGUCCAGCAUAUACAGGAAGACGAUCCUAUGUGCCAUCCAGGGCCAGUUUAAAACCAUGUAUGACCUGAACAGGAGACGGAUUAGCAUUAAUCGAUCCAUUACGGAAAUUUAGCUCAAAAGACUUGUUUGAGUUACAUAUAUAUAUAUAUAUAUAUAUAUAUAUAUAUAUAUAUAUAUAUAUAUAUAUGUAUUUAUUUUAUACUACUCAUCGACUCAUGUAAACUUCCCUGUGAUUCACAAGUCUGACCUUUUAAAUGUCUUAGAUUUUCUAGUGACGUUCUGGUGACGUUUAGAUUUGACAUUUUAAUAAAAAAAUGUUUUUUGAUAUGAUAAGUGGAUUUAUAACCUGUCAAAUGAUGAAAAUGUUUGUAAAGUCUGCAGCAUCCACAUCAAAAACCUCUUCUAAACAACACGUCACUGGGAAUUUCCCCUAAAAUGAAACAUGCUUCAUCUUUCAGAUCAGCUUUUUUUUUCUUGUGGAGGAACAAAAGACAAGGCUGUAUACAGUCAACUGCCUUAUUAGUUUACAUAACUGUAGAAACAUGUAUAUAAACAUAUUUAUAGAUUUAUAGUAAUAUAUGAUGUUAUUGCAUAUUUCUGAUAUACCGAUUGUCUAUUUUUUCAUUUACUCUGGUAGUUAGAAAAGAAUCAGAAUAAAAAUCUUGUAAUUA